AUGGAGGCUUCCUCUGACCCAUCCAGCUCCCCUGCCAUUUUACAGACGUGUAUAAGGCUUCAUCUCUACGUUUUUCCCCUAAUUGCUCUACUCCUGGGAGUUCUGCAGAGAGUUCGGGCGAUGGAGUUCGGCUGCUGUUCCCGUCAGGAGAGAUCUCCUCUCACAGGUGGAGGGUGCAUCCCUGCAUGGAGCUUAGAGGCUGUAGGUGUGGUCUCUGAGGAGGCACAGCUCAUUGCUUCCGGUCUCUCAACCGAGGCAGAGAUUCGGAAGUCUGGCGGCAUAGGCAUUCUCGUUCCCCAAAGUGUUCUCGACACAACUCGAGCUCCUGAAGAGGAACGUCUAAGUGCUAAGGAAAGAUCACAUUCACCUGAUCCCAGUGUUUGGUCCCUGAAAAGUGACAUGUCGAUGAAAAUGCCAAUUCAGUUAAAAGACGAAGAAUCUGCAUCUGAUCAAAGGUACAAACUGCAAAUACACGAUAAUACACAAGAGAUCCAACAAAGAUUAAAAUCUUACAUUAAAAGGAAACAUCAGUAUAUUUUUGAAGGAUUGGGAAAGCAGGGAAACCCAACACUCUUGAACCAGAUCUACACUGAGCUCUACAUCAUAGAAGAAGAAGCUGGAGGGAUCAGUAAUAAACAUGAGUUUACUAGGAUAGAAAAAAACUUUACUGCAGCAGGAGCAACAAUACCAAUCCAAUGCAGUGACAUCUUUAGAGCUUUACCUGGACAAGACAAACCCAUCAGAACUGUGCUGACAAAGGGAGUCGCUGGCAUUGGAAAAACAGUCUCUGUGCAGAAGUUCAUCCUGGACUGGGCUGAAGGGAAAGAGAAUCAGGACGUCCAGCUCAUAUUUCCACUUCCUUUCAGAGAGAUCAAUCUGAUGAAGGACAAAAAGUUCACUCUAGUCAGUCUUCUUCAAACCUUCUUGAUGAAAGAGAUAAGUUUACAUUUGAUUCAAAACUCUUCUGUUGUUUUAAUCUUUGAUGGUCUGGAUGAGUGCCGUCUUCCCUUAAACUUUAACACCAAUGAGACUCUACAGGAUGUGACCAACGAGAGAUCAGUGGACGUGCUGCUGACAAACCUCAUUGUGGGGAACCUGCUUCCCUCUGCUCUCAUCUGGAUCACCUCCAGACCAGCAGCAGCUGAUCUCAUCCCCUCUGAGUGUGUCCAUCGAGUGACAGAGGUACGAGGCUUCAAUGAACCACAGAAGCAGGAAUACUUCAGAAAGAGAAUCGGUGAUCAGAGUCUAGCCAAUACAAUCAUCUCACACCUGAAGUCAUCAAGGAGCCUCUUCAUCAUGUGCCACAUCCCAGUCUUCUGCUGGAUCUCAGCCGCUGUUCUGGAGAAGAUGUUGAAUCGAGCAGAGAGUGGAGAGAUUCCCAACACUCUCACUCAGAUGUACACACACUUCCUGAUCCUUCAGACCAACAUUAAACAUGAGAAGGACUAUGAGAAGAACGUGACAGAUGAAGACAUGAUCUUCAAACUGGGGAAAGUGGCUUUUCAGCAGCUUGUGAAAGGCAACCUGAUCUUCUACGAGGAAGACCUGAGAGAGUGUGGCAUUGAUGUAACAGAAGCAUCAGUGUACUCAGGAUUGUGCUCUCAGAUCUUCAGAAAGCAGUCUGGCUUGUAUCAGGGGAAAGUCUUCAGCUUUGUUCAUCUGAGCGUUCAGGAACAUCUAGCAGCUCUAUAUGUACACCUCUCCUUCAACAACAGUGGCAAAAAUGUGCUUGUAGAGGACAAAGCAUCUAAAGAAGAAGAAAUUAAUGACAUACUUAAGUGUGCAGUUGUUAAAACUUUAACAUGUAAGAAUGGAUAUCUUGACCUCUUUCUUCGCUUUCUCAUGGGACUUUCAAUGGAGUCAAAUCAGGCUCUUCUAGAAAGGUUUUUAAAUAAAAUAAAAAUCUUUCCACAGGACACAGUGAAAAUUAUUAAGUAUCUAAAGGAAAUGAUAAAAUCUACUAGUUGUCCAGAAACAAGUGUCCUUCUGUUCCACUGUCUAAAUGAACUUAAUGAUCAUUCUCUAACUGAUGAAAUCCAAAGGUACAUAACUUCAGGAAAAGUUCAAGAAAUCCAGUCCCAAGAACUUGGACUUGCUCUGAUGUACAUUUUAAUGACAACACAUGAGCAGUUUGAUGAGUUUGAAUUAGCUAAAUAUGGUAGAUCAGACAUAGUCCUUGCCUGGCUGCAUCCUGUGAUCAAGCUGUUUACCAAGGCCUGGUUACAUGACUGUAAUAUCACAAAAAGAGGCUGUUUGGUACUGUCUACACUUCUUUCAUCACUAUCCAGUGUGAGAGAGCUGGACCUGAGCAAUAACAGCCUGCAGGAUGCAGGGGUAGAAAUACUCAGCGUAGGAAUAAAGAACUCAUGCUAUGCACCAAAACUAAUGGAGGAAUUGUUCAGUAAUCAGCAAGAUGAACAAGAUAUUGAGCUUAAGUAUGAAACUUUCAUACGUCUCACUGCAGGGCUACAGGAUAUGGAGUGUAUACUGGAAACUUUGAAUCUUAAGAAUUGUGGAGUAACAGAAGCAAGCUGUGUUUACAUGAGCAAAGCUCUGAGUUUAAACCCUUCUCAUCUGAAAGUGCUGGACCUGAGCUGGAACAACAUAGGAGACUCUGGAGUGAAACAUCUCUGCGCUGCUGUGGUUAAAAUUCACUGUGCAUUGGAAACAAUAAGGUUGGACAAAUGUGGAAUGACUGAGAGAAGCUGCACUGCUCUGGCUUCAGCUCUCAGCUCAAAGACCUGCAGUCUGACACAUCUGGAUCUGAGCAUUAAUGACCUACAAGACUCAGGAGUGAAGAAGCUCUCCGCUGGACUGCAGAAUCCUCACUGUACACUAGAGAAGCUGAGGUUGUCCAAGUGUAAUAUUACACAUGAAGGAGUGACAGCACUGACUGAAGCUCUGAAAUCAAAUCCAUCCCACCUGAAAGGACUUGAUCUUUCUGAGAAUGAUCUGGAAGAAUCAGAUUUGAAAGUGCUCUCUAUAAUAUUGGACACAUCAUAA